ACCCGUCACACAUACACUUAAUGCGCCUGGCAUCCAAGUCCACCCGCUCUGGACUUUGGCCUUAGUCAGUGGCUGGGGUGGGAGGCUGGGAAGACCGGGAACAGUCUCAAACAAAAGCAAGAGCAGCAGCUUCGGGCGCUGUAGUACCUGCCAGCUUUCCCCAUAGGAGCCUGGGCUGCCACCUGCAGGUCACUUGGGCUCCAACUAUGUGGCUCCCUCUGCUGCUGGGUGCCUUGCUCUGGGCAGUGCUGUGGUUGCUCAGGGACCGGCAGACCCUGCCUGCCAGCGAUGCCUUCGUCUUCAUCACCGGCUGUGACUCAGGCUUUGGGCGCCUUCUGGCACUGCAGCUGGACCAGAGAGGCUUCCGAGUCCUGGCCAGCUGCCUGACCCCUUCCGGGGCCGAGGACCUGCAGCGGGUGGCCUCCUCCCGCCUCCACACCACCCUGCUGGAUAUCACAGAUCCCCAGAGCGUCCAACAGGCAGCCAAGUGGGUGGAGACACACGUUAAGGAAGCAGGGCUUUUUGGUCUGGUGAAUAAUGCUGGUGUGGCUGGUAUCAUCGGACCCACACCAUGGCUGACCCGGGAUGAUUUCCAGAGGGUGCUGAAUGUGAAUACAAUGGGUCCCAUCGGGGUCACCCUUGCCCUGCUGCCUCUCCUGCAGCAAGCCCGGGGUCGGGUGAUCAACAUCACCAGCGUCCUGGGUCGCCUUGCAGCCAAUGGUGGGGGCUACUGUGUCUCCAAAUUUGGCCUGGAGGCCUUCUCUGACAGCCUGAGGCGGGAUGUGGCUCAUUUUGGGAUACGCGUCUCCAUCGUGGAGCCUGGCUUCUUCCGAACCCCUGUGACCAACCUGGAGAGUCUGGAGAAAACCCUGCAGGCCUGCUGGGCCCGGCUACCUCCUGCCACACAGGCCCACUAUGGGGGAGCCUUCCUCACCAAGUACCUCAAAAUGCAAGAGCGCAUCAUGAACCUGAUCUGUGACCCGGACCUCACCAAGGUGAGCCGAUGCCUGGAGCAUGCCCUGACUGCUCGACACCCCCGAACCCGCUACAGCCCAGGCUGGGAUGCCAAGCUCCUCUGGCUGCCUGCCUCCUACCUGCCAGCCAGCCUGGUGGAUGCUGUGCUCACCUGGGUCCUUCCCAAGCCUGCCCAAGCAGUCCACUGAAUCCAGCCUUCCAGCAAGAUUGUUUUUCAAGGGCAAGGACUUUAUUUCUGCCCUCACCCUGGUACCUGCCUGGUGCCUGUCACAAAAUAACACUAACAAGUGUGUUUGAAAAAUAAAAAGGUGGGCAGAAACAAAGAUGCCCAGUGGAAGGCUGACCCCA